GCUGGAGCAGGUCGCGAGAGGAAGUCUGGCAUCUGAGUCGGCCUGCCAAGCACAUCUGGAAGUGGUUUCGGGGCCGCCUCGCUCCGCCAGCGCAACGCCAGGAUUCCCAGCUGCUGGGCGCAGGGGUGGAAGGAACCUCGAAUCGCUCCAAAGUCAACGCAAGCAAAGGGGGUGGGGUGGGGGAAGAAUACAAUCUUGAGAACGUAACAUUGGCCUUGGGGCUCUCCAGCCCUUUGGGGGUUCCAAUGGGAUCUUAGGAGCAGCCGCAGCAGCAGCAGCGUGAAGGGCAGCAGCCCCGGGCCAGCCACGAUUCGAAAGCUUUGCCUCGCAGCUCUUCUGGACGAAGGAGCCCAAAGCCUGCCUUCCCCGUUCACCAGUUAAUGUCAUCUCAUCUGCUAACCCAGAGGACUGACAAGGCUCUUUUUGGAAAAGGUUAAAAGUAAUACCUGAAGACAAAAGGUGACCUCUUGGGGGCCCUUUGUAAAGUUUAUACAGCCAGAGAAAUCAAUUUGAAGAGGUCACAGUUUUUAUCCUCGUGAACACACAUGGCUUUGUUACGAAAAAUUAAUCAAGUGUUGCUGUUCCUUCUGAUUUUGACCCUCUGUGGGAUUCUGUAUAAGAAAGUUCAUAAGGGGACCAUGCUCAGGAAUGAAACAGAUGAUGACUCUGAGACUCCUGAGGAAAUGGAGGAUGAGAUUCCUGUGGUGAUCUGUGCAGCGGCAGGGAGAAUGGGUGCUGCCAUGGCAGCCAUCAACAGCGUCUACAGCAACACGGAUGCUAACAUUUUGUUCUAUGUAGUCGGACUCCGCAACACUCUGUCUCGAAUACGAAAAUGGAUUGAACAUUCCAAACUGAGAGAAAUAAACUUUAAAAUUGUGGAAUUCAACCCUAUGGUCCUGACUGGGAAGAUCAGACCAGACUCAUCGAGACCGGAGUUGCUCCAGCCUCUGAACUUUGUUCGAUUUUAUCUCCCUCUGCUUAUCCACCAACACGAGAAAGUCAUCUACUUGGAUGAUGACGUAAUUGUACAAGGUGAUAUCCAAGAACUGUAUGACACCACGUUGGCCCUGGGCCACGCCGCAGCUUUUUCAGAUGACUGCGACUUGCCCUUGGCUCAGGACAUAAACAGACUCGUGGGGCUGCAGAAUACAUAUAUGGGCUAUCUGGACUACCGGAAGAAGACUAUAAAAGACCUUGGCAUAAGCCCCAGCACUUGUUCUUUCAAUCCUGGUGUGAUUGUUGCCAACAUGACAGAAUGGAAGCACCAACGUAUCACCAAACAAUUGGAGAAAUGGAUGCAAAAAAAUGUGGAGGAAAAUCUCUACAGCAGCUCCCUGGGAGGAGGGGUGGCCACGUCCCCAAUGCUAAUUGUGUUUCAUGGGAAAUACUCCACAAUCAACCCCCUGUGGCACAUACGGCACCUGGGCUGGAAUCCAGAUACCAGAUAUUCGGAGCAUUUUCUACAGGAAGCAAAAUUACUGCACUGGAAUGGAAGACAUAAACCGUGGGACUUCCCUAGUGUUCACAACGACUUAUGGGAAAGCUGGUUUGUUCCUGACCCUGCAGGAAUAUUUAAACUCAAUCACCACAAUAGCUGA